CAGAAAAACCAUUUAACACCGCAAUUAAGAGAUGAUCUCGUUGCAUUAUUAAUCGAUCACGAUUUACUACAAGACAUUAAUUCCUAUAUUCCGACCAGAAGACUUUUACAAUUAGCCCGCCUCAUAAAGCAAGAAUUCCCGAACGAAGAUAUUUCCACAUACUAUAUACCGUAUGUUAGACAAAACAAAAAAACUGUCCAAUGUAUGAGGGGUAAAUUAGUUGAUCGUUACCAUAAUCAAAGAAAGAAGUUGAAAAAAUCUGGCGUUCUCACCACUGCGUGUCCAUCAUCAAGCCUUGAAGUUCAUGAAACUGUAGAAAUAGCGAGUAGUCAAGAUUACGAGGAUGACGUGGAAGACUUUUGUUGUUGGUUAAGGUAUAAUACAGAACCUUGGCCAGAAGUUUUGGCUAAAUGGAAGGCCACUACAUGUGUAAGAAUUCCCCGCUAUAACCAGAAUACAACCACAACCAUCCAAGAAUAUUUUCAAGAAUAUAAAAUUUUAGAAAAGUCCUUAGGUUAUCAAUUACUGGAAAUUGAUUUCAAUUAUCUUUAUCCCAAAAAAUCAGAAAUAUUUUUUGCCGAAAUACAUAAAAAAAAACAUAUUAUAUUACGAUUGGCCCAAUACCGAGGCGUACUGACUCAACAUUUUCCGGAUCAAAACAUUAAUAUUUUGAAUGAAGACGCCACUGCUGUUCUAAGUUUAUUAACACUACCGUAUCUAAUGCCAGUAGUGAUUGUUACGACAAAUAAAAAGAAAUGGAAACCGUCUAAAGUUGAAGUAGCGAACAGUUUCAUUACUUACGUGAAAACCAGUGAAGAGAUGCAAUUGAUGUUGGAACGAAGACAUCGAAAAUAUGCGGAAACCAAACAAUUAUGCCAACCUCUAAUAACAAUUGUUGGACCAGAUUUCAACAACCUGAAGGGCUAUAUUUCCAUCGAUAACUGUACAUAUCCUUUUGAAUCGGCCUUGAAAAAAUAUCCUCCUGAAUGUUCUCAUGUUUGGCAGUUAAUACAAAUUUACAUCUAUGAUUUAAAGACAGAGUGGGACAAAAAGUCGUCAAUUGUUUCUGCUCUGAUUUCUGAUUUGUGUAAUGAAUCUGAGAGUGAGAAGUAA